AUGGGCAAGGACUACGACGAUUUCCAGUCACUCGAGGCAGACGAUGAGACCUGUGCCCCAAGUGGGAGAGCAUUCCCCCCCCGGCACUGGGGCUGGCAGCGUUUCUGCGCCGCCCCCCGACCGCUCCAAGCCCUGCUGGCGCUGUGCAUCGGGCUCAGCAUUGGGACCAUCGUGCUGGCCGUCAGCAACUCCAGGCUGGGCGCAGAGCAGCGGGGGACGCAGGGGGCGCUGGGCAGCGUGAACCACAGCCUGAGUGCUGAGAUCGAGGGGCUGGCCCGGAGCGUGCACACCUUGCAGGACAAACUGACCCAUGUGGCCCGGUCCCUGGAUGAAACAAAGGAAAAUUCAAUCCAAGCUCAGCAGCGGCUGGAGGAGCAGGUGGGGGUGCUGCGGGACACUCUGAACUUGCUGAACUGCGACUUGAUUGAACUCAAAUCCAAUGGGAGCCGGCCCGGGUGCUGCCCCAGGGACUGGGUGCGCUUUGGGAACAGCUGCUACUGGUUCUCCAGCAAGCAGAAGACCUGGGAGGACUCGAACCUGUACUGCAAAGCCCAGAACUCCCACCUGGUCGUCAUCAACACCCAGGAGGAGCAGCUGUACGUGCAGGAGCGGACGGUCCCUCUGUACACCUGGAUCGGGCUGACCGAUAAGAGCGGCCAGUGGCUCUGGGUUGACGGUUCCGUCUACACCAUGGACUCCCGGCAGUGGAGGGCAGGGCAGCCUGACGAGUAUGAAGGCCACGGACUCGGGGGCGGGGAGGACUGCGUCCACCUGCACGACGACGGGCUCUGGAACGACGAACACUGCUCCCAGCGCUACCGCUGGGUGUGCGAGGAGGAACUCAAGGGUUAA